AUGGGCGACACUCAAAAAGUGUUCCAGCACCUCUUCGACGCGGAUGGUCAGCCCAAAGAGCAUUUUGGCCAAACCAUCAAAGACGUUUUGAAGGACCAGGGAAUGCCCCACUACAUCGAUUCUUUCUGCAUCAAGUCUGAACACCGCGGGAAGGGCCUCAGCGAGCACGCUAUGCUGGCGUACCUUGGGGCGAUCACUAAAGCACUCGGACCAGCCCCAGUGGUGCUCUCGCCUGCGCCUCUUCGAGCCGAAACAAUCCGCAUGCGCGAGGCGAAGAAAGUUCCCGGUCCUAAUGCUGCCAUCGUCCAGAAGCUUGUCAGCUUCUACGACAAGACGGACUACAAGAUGGCGCAUCAAGGCAGCAAGCGAAAGGCGGGGACGAUCACGGUGAUGGUGAGGGAUAGCUCAGCUGUGGAGGAGGCAAAGAUCACUGGAGCCAAAGGCCAGGACGCUGAUGUGGAAAUGACGGACGUGGAGAAUGCCAACAUUGUAGACAACGGGGUGCUCGAUGAGGACGAAACAUCGACGAACAUCGACGACGGCUCUUCUGAUGUGAUGGCAUCCGCUCAACAAUACGAUGAGGAGGAGAUUAUCGUUGCCUACGCAGAGGGAGACGACUCUGAAGACUCUGACUCGGAUGGUGACUUCACACCUGAUCAGACCAACGAUGGCGAGGAGGGAGAUCCGGAGCAGGAGACUUCAUCUGCACGAUCGAGCCAUCGGAUCUCAAAGAAGGAGCUCGAUGACUUGAACUAG